AUGUCGAGCCGCACUCCUCAGCCCACGCGUCCCACCUUUCUCUCUUCCAUGUCCCUCCUCGACCUCGAAAAGAAGCGAGGCGAUGCGAGCUCAAAAGAUCGAAAGCGUCGCUCGUCCAUCUCUUCGAUAGACACGCACACCUCCACCUCCUCCUCUUCCUCCACCUCCGACAAGCCGCUAUUGAAUCCUUUGGCUCUCAGCAGCUCCAUCCUCCCCGAUCUCAGGUUUGAACAGAGCUACUUGGCUAGUAUCAGGGGCUACGUUCACGAACUGGAGCAUGAAGCUGCUCAGGAUAUCAAAGCAGCUAGAAAAGAAGGAGAUGAUCUGGCCGAGAAGACGGGCGGCGCGAAUCUCAAAGAGGGAGAAAAGGGAGAGCGUCUCGUCGUGGACGAAGCUUCACAGUCGGGCGCGAAGAAGGUGCAGCUGUCCAAGUCUCCCAAGGGAGAGCCUGAGCUUUGGCUGGGUAGUCUGAGGAUCGAAUGGGUGCCCCUUCUCUACCUGACCAUUCGAGACCAGCUGCUUUCUCCCUUGAUCCAAGGCGCAGUGUGGGGAUUGGCCGGUAUUGCGCUAGUCAAGGCUAGACAAGCAGCUGUCGUUGUCGCCAGAGUAGGAUUGAGAGAAGCGAUGAACCAAUCCGGAUGGAGAAGAUGA